UGUGCAGGGCCCAAUCACACUGCACAUUGGAGAAGAUGUCUUUAGAGAAGGAGCCGCUGAGCCAGGGAAGGUUGAACGGUGUCAUGCGCGUCUCUUCACAGAGCGGAGCCAGCGCAGCAAUCCUCGCAGGCCGUUGAAGAGGAGAGAGAGGUUGUGGAGAAGAAGAUGAAAGAGGAAGUGAAGGAGGAGGUGAAAGAGGAAAUGGAGAAGGUGGAGAGGGAGUUGGAGAAGACAAAUGAGGAGAUAGCGGUGGAGGACGAAGAGGACGACAAGGAGAUGGAGGAGAAGAUGGCUGUGGAGGAGGAAAAGGAGAAGGUGGUGGUGGUGGUGGUGGAAGAGAUGGUGAUGCAGGAGGUGGAAAAGACGGAGAAAGAGAAGACGGAGGAGACAGAGGAGGCGACGGGGAAGGAGACAGAGGAGGAGACAGGAGACAGAGUGGCAGGAGGCGGUGGUAGUGCAGGAACGAAAGGGCCUGGCUCGUGUGGCGAACGCGAUCCGUGCGCUCUUCCGCAGCAUGAUGCUGUUUGGUUGCGGCCGGUCGACCGCACAGUUGAGGUGAUGGAGGUGCCACUGGGACCGCAGCCGGGGAAGGAAACUGAGCAGCAGAUGCCAGGACUGCACUGGACACUGACUGCUGCCAACAGACUAACUCUGUUAAGAGUUAGGAUCAAUCCAAUGCAUUAUGUAAUAAUUAUCAUUGUUGUUUUUAUUAUAAACUUUAUGACAUAAACCUAUGAGGAAACAAUGUAACUUUGCAUUGCUUGUGAGCGCUGCCUGGGUUGGUUCAAUGUGCCUUGGCUCGUGUGCAGUGUCCCGGCUGUGUGUGCGGCGGUACAAUGACAACUAUGUCAUGAGAGAAGUUUCAGGCAAUGGCCCUUCUUCAGAACGUGUACAAGCAGUGGUGGGAAAAGAUCAUCAGGCGAUUCGUCUGACACAUCCACCCCUUCACUGCCCCACUGCCCCUCUGCCAAGCUGCUUCCGCUGCCUGCUGCCCCUCUGCCCACUGCCCCAUUGCCUCACUGCCCCUCUGCCCACUGCCCCAUUGCCUCACUGCCCCUCUGCCCACUGCCCCAUUGCCUCACUGCCCCUCUGCUCCGCUGCCCCACUGCUUUGGUGCCACUCUACCCUAAUGCCCCGCUGUUCCAUUGCUCCACUUUCCCACUGCCAUCACAUCCAUCACGAAGCAGCGAAACGUCCAUACCACCUCAUUAAAUAUUACCCUGAUGUGCACGCAGAGAGAGAGACCCUCGUUUGGC